AAAUGUUUCUCCAUGUUUAUUCAUGCCAGCAAUGUUAUUUACCCAGAGAAAAAAAUGAUUUGUGAGCUAUAUAAGGUUAACUGGAAUGAUCCAUCAACGACCAACAAUAUCAAGAAAUGAAGAGAAAAAGGGAAAUGGAAACGAAAACAGAGAUAAGGUCCGCCAUUGAAGAACUCUCCAUGUUAACCAAAGCUCACUCUGCAGCAGUUGCAGACGUUGCUCAUAUAUCAACCAAGCCUUUUCUUCAUGUCUGCACUUUGAUUCUUCAAGUUCUUGACAAGAUAGGCCCGACUAUGGCUGUCCUUAGACAAGACAUUCAUCAAAACAUCCAGAGAUUGGAGAUUCUUUUGGAAUCGGAUCCUACAAUGUAUUCGAAUUUGAUUGAGAUGUUGAAAAAGGAAGAGAGUGAAGGGAAUGCAAGAAAGGGUAGCAGUUGCAGUAAAGCCUUCCUCUGGCUUACCAGAUCCAUGGAUUUUAUGGCAGCUUUGUUACAAAGAUUGGUGAAGGAACCUGAGCAGAACAUGGAACAAGCAGUUCAAGAAUCCUAUAAUGUUACUUUGAAGCCUAGGCAUGGAUGGAUCUCGUCGGCUGCUUUUAAGGUAGCUCUAAAACUGGUGCCGGAUAACAAGACAUUCAUUAGUCUCAUCAUGAAAAAAGAUCAAAAUUACGAAAACCUUAAAGAGGAUAUGCAGACAUUGAUCUCAUUACUUGUGCCUUUACUAGAACAUAUCCACUCUAUUCUGAGGUUUUAUCGAUUGGAUAGGUUAAAGUCUAGCUGAGGAAAACCUUUUCCCCUUAAGAGAAAGGAAAGAACAGGCAUACGAAGUUCGGUUCCUCUUUUGCUGUACAUAUACAUCUGUAAAUAGCCUGAUAGCCUUGUAAAUUGUACGCCAAAUCUGCUUUAAC